AACUUCGAGCUUUCUCUUUAAACCUAAAAAUUUUGGUUCAUGAUGCCCAUGGCGACUGUUAGGGCUUCAGCUCUGCUGCCCUCCCCCCUCCUCCCUCCUCUCUCCAGAUCCCGCCCCUCUUCUCUUCCUCCCCCGUUUCCCUCCCUCUUCUACCGCCCAUUCUCACCCCCUUCCCUUCUUCCUGCCCGUUCUCGCCUCUCUUCCGCUCCUCCGCCUUCGUCGUUCCGCCGCUCUUCGCGUUUCUCUCGUCGCCCCGACCGUCUUCUGUGCAGAGCUGCGGAGUACCAGUUUCCUGAUCCGAUUCCGGAGUUUGCCCUCGCCGAGACAACCAGGUUCCGCACGCAUAUGCUUGAGAGGCUGACCAAAAAGAAAGAGUACUUCGGUGAUUCAGUCGGUGAAGUGGUCGAUGUCUGUACCGAGCUCGCAGAAUAAUCGCUAUCCUAUACGGUGUUAGUUAGUAUCAGAGUGGAUCAGAUUCAAUGGAAGAUCGUCGUGGUCGUGGUAUGCAAGUUCCAAUGGAGGAAGCCGAGCACCGUAACAGAUGGUGCCGAGGCAAGUUGUAGAUUUAUCCUAGUAAAAAUGGUGUGAAUUCUCAAAGAUCGUGAGGCACCUGGUCGAUCCUAUAGGAUCGACAUGGAGACCUCAGCCUUCCAGUUGGUCUAUCUGAAUUUUCUGGCACGUCACAAAGAAUUUUGUUGAUUGAAUCAAUAGAGUGGAGUGGAUCUUUAACUAUAUACAAGUUCCAGAUCGAAUGAAGGUCAAGCUGGUUGUCUUCAAGCUUAGAGGUCUAGCAUCGGCAUGGUGGGAGCACUUGCGACGUUUACGGGACCAACAAGGCAAGACCAAGAUCAAGAUUGGGAAAAGAUGUGAAAGAAGAUGAAAGGCCACUUUCUUCCCUUUGAUUACACUCAAAAUUCGUUCCAAGGAUGAUUAGGUUUUGCCAUGGAGGACGAUAGCUUUGACACACGGAUUCAAAGAUGAUUUGGAAGAAGCAGUUGACGAGGCAACAACGAUCGAGAUUUCAGAUUCAUCACUCUCCUCUCCUUAGGCCUAUAUAUACCCUUCCCUUCACUGAUACUCCCUUCUCCAAGGCCAGGCCGGUCAAAACCCUAAUUGAGAACACAACGAUUGCAACAGAGGAGGAGAGGAGGAAGCCAUGGAUUUCCAUAGCAUCCCCAGGCGACAACUUCAAGCACUAUGCAAGCAGAAUCGUGUCCCCGCCAACAUCACCAACGUUGCAUGGAUGAAGCCCUCCAAACGCUCUAUGCAGCUGAUCGUUGGAGAACGCCCAAGAAGCGCUUCAGGAUUUGACUCCCCGUGUGCCCUCUUCGCGCAAGGAUGCCUCAUGCCGACGACCGCAUGCAGAAUCGAUGGCUCUUGAUUCAAUAGAGCCCAGGGAGCAACCCGCGAGCCCCCUUCCUAUGGCUCAUCGUGUGACUAUGAAGUCCUCAUAGAUCUGGCGAUUGGGCAUUGAAGGAGAAGAAGAAGAUGAAAUAGAGGAGAAGAAAGAAACCCUCAGUGAGGCCACACUGUUAAUCGUUACUAAGUGCAGCUUCAUGAAACCACCAACGAGGAGGCCAAAAAAAGACGUUGAGGCCAAGGAAGAAGAGCCCAUGAGUGCAAUGAAAACAACAGCCGCCCUAACUGGCCGGCGGAUGGCGACUAGGAAGGUGGUCAUAACCCCAGUAGCCGUGGAGCAAGAGGACGGAGACAUGGUCGUUUCAGCAAGGGUUACAGCUUGUCAUGGUAAGAUUACGAGGCAGCCUACUAGGGCAGGGACAGAAGAUGGUGCCAUGCCCACCAUGAGGAGUGCAAGGAUUAGGACUAAGACGGAGGAAUCUGCUGUCAAGAUCGGAUCUUUGUUCCUAGAAGUGGAACCGGAACAAGGCAUGGAGAUCAUAAAUGCUCUGGUAGAGGAAGCCAAAAAUAGUGAAAAGGAUUGUGAUUAGGUGGCCGUUGACACUGUUGUUCCACAACGUUCUCUGGAAGAAGCAGCAAUAACUCCAGAAGUUAAAAAAAUUGCUGCCGUAUCUAUAGGCUCAGACCAAAAGCAACUGGGCAAAGAAGUUAUUAAUCACUCUGAAAAAGAUUGCAAUUUGAUGGCAGUUGGUCCUAAUAUUCUGAUCAAUAAUCU